AUGUCUCUCACAUCCAGAUUGCUUCUUUCUUUUCUGAUUUCGUCUGGAUUGAUAGCCGCGGAAUCAGUCGGCUACUUUGACGAUACUUCCAUCUGCGCUGAUGCAAGCGGCCUUUCAAAGUGCUACGAGAAGGCGGAUGCCAGCUGGAGUAGCUGCAUCAACAACAAUUGCGCUGGAGGCAGUGAUGAAUGUUACAACUCUUGCAAUGGAAAUGCCUCUUGCAUGAAGACGCAAUGUCCUAGUUUAGGAAUGGAUUGUAUUAACGCCUGUGGGUGUGUCAAUGCGCUUAAUCAGGUUGACUGCAUCGCUUCGAGCUGCUGGAAUCAGGUUUACUCCUGCGAAUACCAAAGCACAGUCGAAGAUAUCAUCAACUUGUGCGCGAUAACUGAUCUGGAUGAAAUUCCGUUCUGGCCUCCACCUGACGAUGCUGUCUCCGGGUGCUCCUGUAAUAUUGGCAAGGUGUACAAGAAAGAAAUCCUGAUCGGGGACCAGAUUAGCACCUGCGCCAAUAACAUGACGAAUCUCAAUCAGAUGUCCGAUAAUGAUGCCAUUUCGGAAUACGCCGAUGCGUGUAUUUGCUGUGCAGAAAGUGCAAUUCUGUCCACCAUCUGGGAUACCUGUCCGAAUACGAAACCCUCUCUCCUUGCGGCCGACACAUGGUACAGCUCAAUGGGUGAUUUCGAAACAUGUGGCGACUACCUCGAUGCGUAUGAUUGCGCCGGUGCGCUGGGCUUUGGAGCCGAGGACGCGGGGGAAACGACCACAUAUUACAAGCUUGGCGGCUUUCCGAAGAAUGGAACCGAGACGCUCUAUAAUACCGGUUCUUUGACGGCACCGGUCAGUGGAGCAACAUUUACCUGGACAUUUAGAUCGAAUUUGCAUGUUGUUACUGCUGUCUCGACAGACCAUGUUGUUGCUGCUGCGACAGCUACAGAUGGGCAAAGUCAGACUGGUAGCGCGACGCAGACUGCGGCGAGUAGUACUCAUACCGGUACGGGUACUGCUAGGGAUAUUCCGAUGUGGACAGCACUGGCAUUUACUUCUAUCCUGAUCUUUACGCUAGUCUAG